AUGAUACCAUGUAAAAUUGUAAAACUCCUCACACUUUUCAUUCUCACCGGUUUCAACAGAAAUGGAAUAACCCAAACUGCAUCGAAACCCUCCUCCAGUGUAUUUACCUCAUCCAAGCUGAAAGCAUUCCCCACUGCACAGUCUUCCAAUCCACCAGCCAAACUUUCAGAGAAAAAUCAAAAUGAUCAAAGCAUAAAAUACAACAAAGAAAUCACUUACACAAUUACUGAAGAAUCGAAUGUUCCACAAUUGAUUGGUGAUUUAAUAAAUGACUUCAAUUUAAACAAGUAUCUGUUGCGUCAUGUUUUAAAUGAGCCGCGUCAAUCUCCUAUGGAUACAAAUAAUAAUAAUAAACAAAAUAAUCAAUCUAAACAAAUGCUUAGCAUUGAUUUGAUCGCGAAUCAUUAUCAAUCAACACAGAUGACAGAUGCUGAUCUCCCACGCUUGCAUUUAUUCCCCUCGAAUCAAUGGAGUGCAGAAUAUUUCCAUAUUAAUUAUCAUAAUGUAUUUAAACAAGAAUUGAUACAAAUUAAAAAGUUAGAUCGUGAUCGUCUAUGUCAAUUGAAUCACUUCAAUAAAACGUCAGAACAACAGCAACAACAUCAACAACAACAAUUAAAACACUAUGAUACAUGUAUGUGUUCAAGUGAUAUUUGUUCAACGAUUUAUAGUGAAAAAUUGAAAUUAUCAGCAACGCCAUUAUUAACCCGUGAAACAUUGAACAGCAGAGGGAAAAUUGAAUCCGGUGAAUUAUCCUUAUUACUACUACCUUAUUGUCAAUUUAUUAUGACUUUAGCUAUAAAUCUGUUUCAUACUGGUAUGGAAAUAUUUACUAUAAGGAUAAAAUUAUUAGACUUAAAUGAUAACUAUCCAAGUUUUAAACCUUUCACAAAAUAUGAAGUCAGCUUCACAGAAGACGAUCGAAUCGGUGUAAGGCAUCAACUGCCUCUUGCUACUGAUGUAGAUAUGUGCUUGCAUUCAGAGAUAACGUAUCGAUUAGAGGCAGGCGAAAGUUUCAAUGAAGAAGAAGAGAAAGGUGUACUCUCUGAAAAGCCUGUUAAUUUAAGCAAUUUAUUUAGUUUAAAAUUAACUGAAACGUCGAAUACCAAAGUUUUAGAAAUCCAACUGGAGCAUACACUUGAUCGUGAAAAAAGAGACAAAUAUGAUCUUUACUUGUUAGCUAUCGAUGAUAACAGUGAUCUGCAUAGACGAGAAGAGAACAGGCAUACAACCACUCUUCCAAUUAUUGUACACAUUCAAGAUGUAAAUGAUUGUAAGCCCGAAUUUCGUGUAAUGAAUGGAUCACGCCAGACACCGGUUAAAUUGUCUGAACCUGUAUUCAUUGAAGUCGCGGAGAAUGCUGCAGUUGGACAUGUUAUCACGCAAUUUCAAGCUACUGAUGAAGAUUUUGGGGAUAAUGGAAGAAUUCGUUAUGAAAUGGGACAGUAUACACAUUCAGUUACAAAAUCAUUUUUCAGGUUGAAUUCAACUACCGGUGAAUUAAUUGUACAAAAUCCGCUAGACAGGGAGGCAGCACCGUUCUCAGCUGGUCUACACCGUUUCACUAUCACAGCACUGGAUCAUGGCAUUCCACAGAGAAGUUCAAAUCUAUUAAUAGUAUUACAAAUAUUAGAUGUGAAUGACAACCAUCCAUUGAUCCAAUUAACCGAAGAAGCAGGCCAGUAUCGACAACAUUUACAAAAGAAUCCCCCAAAUAUGAUGGACAAUAAAAGCGAGUUACACAAUGAAAGGAUAAAGGAAAUUUGGCAUUCAAUAGUCAAUAAUAAAACCAUAACUGCAAGUUCAAUUAUUCAACGACUCCACAAUGUUUCACUGCAUACUAAAAUGAUUGGUAAUCAACCGAAGAAUACAAUAGCUACAUUCCUAACUGUUAAUGAUCCUGAUCUAAAUGAAAAUGGUACAGUGACCUGUUUAAUUGAAGAUCAAUUGGUCAUCUAUUCGAAAAAUUAUUCAAAACAGAUCGGAUCCGAUCAUCACAGUGAUGAUUCUUACAACUAUGCUAAUAAUCAGUUCAUAUCGCUGGAACCAUUUGAGUUCGGCAGUGGAGUAAAUCGUCAAGACUGGCAAUACCAUCAGUUUGACGACGAUAUGGAUUUCGUAAAAAUGAAACCGCCUACCACUGAUCCUGAUGACCAAAAGACAUCGUUUCCAGACAAAAGACGGAAAUCAAUGUAUUACAAUGCGUCGGCUCAAAAUGCCAAUCAAUACACCUAUCAGCUGAAAACAAAGACAGUCUGUUCUGCAUUCUAUACGCUUCAAUGGAUCUUAACUUUCUUCAUCUAA